AUGCGAAAAUAUCAAGGACGACGACCGAAAAAACAUCCUGGUUUUAAUAAAAGAUCCAGAAUUCAGCGUAAACGUCGAGCUCAAGAAAAAAAUAUGAAAUUAAAUUCCCGAGAUGUGGAAGAUUCCGAACAAGCGGAUGUUUUCGAAAGGUCAGAAAUUAUUGAUACAACUGCAUCUGUGUCAAAGGAGAAUCAUUGCCCGGAUGAUUUUUUUACAAAGUCCGGAAGUGAAAAAUUUGACUUUUCUACGCCAGAAGUUACAGCUAAUGUUCCUAAGACAAACCAGGCUUUCCUGAGUUCUGAUCUGGACAUUUCAGUUAUUGACUCUGACGUAGAAGGUAGAAAUACAAGCUCUCUUUUGGGGUGAAAAUUUUGUGCAUGAUUUGGCUUUCAUUGAGACGUCUCUGGGUCAGGAGUUACUAAGGAAGAGAAACUUACAUGCAGGUUGAAGCAUGCAGUGUCAAAUGUAUAAGGAAUAUAAAAGAUGCUGUAUAUUAGUAUAAGUUUGAAUAACCAUAAUAAAAAAAUUUCUUGAAAA